CCACAGGUCAAAUUUGUCCUUAUAGCUGGAUUGCUACACUUCAACAGCACUCUGGUAAGAUGAGGAAAAUCACUCCUGACUAGAUGAACUCAUUGGAACACAGGAAGCUAUUGAUUGCCUAGAAAUUAAAAGAGGGUGUGAGAAGUCUGAUCAAGGUGGAAAAGAGCCUUUUCACAAUAGGCUUUUGCAGAAUCUUCAGACAGCCCUAUUUGUGCCAUGUUUUGUGGCUCUCACCCUAAGAGGAAUUUGUCUUGAUGAAGAUUCCUAACAUUGGUAAUGUGAUGAAUAAAUUUGAGAUCCUUGGGGUUGUAGGUGAAGGAGCCUAUGGCGUUGUACUUAAAUGCAGACACAAGGAGACACAUGAAAUUGUGGCUAUCAAGAAAUUCAAAGACAGUGAAGAAAAUGAAGAAGUCAAAGAAACCACUUUACGAGAGCUUAAAAUGCUUCGCACUUUGAAACAGGAGAACAUUGUGGAGCUAAAGGAAGCCUUCAGAAGAAGAGGAAAAUUAUACUUGGUUUUUGAAUAUGUGGAAAAAAAUAUGCUUGAAUUGCUAGAAGAAAUGCCAAAUGGAGUUCCACCAGAAAAAGUGAAAAGCUACAUCUACCAGCUAAUUAAAGCAAUUCAUUGGUGCCAUAAGAAUGAUAUUGUUCAUAGAGAUAUCAAGCCAGAGAAUCUCUUAAUAAGCCACAAUGAUGUUCUGAAGUUGUGUGACUUUGGCUUUGCUCGAAAUCUCUCUGAAGGAAGCAAUGCUAACUAUACAGAAUACGUGGCUACCAGAUGGUACCGCUCACCUGAACUCUUGCUUGGAGCCCCUUAUGGCAAGGCUGUGGAUAUGUGGUCUGUAGGCUGCAUCCUGGGGGAGCUGAGCGACGGGCAGCCGCUGUUCCCUGGCGAGAGCGAGAUUGACCAGCUCUUCACCAUUCAGAAGGUGCUGGGCCCUCUGCCAGCCGAGCAGAUGAAGCUCUUCUACAGCAACCCACGCUUCCACGGCCUGCGGUUUCCAGCAGUCAAUCAUCCACAGUCUUUAGAGAGAAGAUACUUGGGAAUUUUAAGCGGUGUGUUGCUUGAUCUUAUGAAGAACUUACUGAAGUUAGAUCCAGCAGAUAGAUAUUUGACAGAACAAUGUUUGAACCACCCUUCGUUUCAAACCCAAAGACUCUUGGAUCGCUGUGGAAGUUCCCCUUCACGGUCAGCUAAGAGAAAACCUUACCAUGCAGACAGCAACUCUUUAUCUAACAGAAAUCAAGCCAGCAAAAGUUCUGCUUUGCAGUCACACCACAGAUCAAACAGCAAGGAUAUGACACUAGGGGCUGGCGGGCCAAGAGAAGAGGGGCUUCCAGCAAAUGAGAGCUUUUUAAAUGGAAACCUUCCCGGACCUGCACCUAGUCCAAUGCACGCAAAAAAACCAAGCAACACACCUGGAUCUGGCAACAAGGAUAUAGCCAAUAAUAACAUGCCGCAUCUCCUCAGCCCAAAGGAACCAAAGGGAAAAACAGAGUUUGAUUUUAAUGUGGACACCAAAAGCUCUGAUGGUUCAGGCACAAAGUACCUGAAGUCUAACACCAGAUCUCAGCAGAACCGGCACUCCUUCAUGGAAACUUCUCAAAGCAAAACCGGGACGCUGCAGCCCGGCGACAAGCACAGUCGCCACAGCUACAUCGAUACCAUCCCACAGUCUUCGAAGAGUCCCUCCUAUCGGACCAAGUCCAAGAGCCAUGGAGUUCUGACAGACUCAAAAUCCGUGGGCAACCUUUCUGAGGCCAGGGCCCAAGCUGCAGAACCAAACACCAGUAGGUAUUUUCCAUCCAGCUGUAUGGACUUGAACUCUCCUACCAGUCCAAGCGCUCCCCGGCACAGCGAUAACAGAACUAUGCUCAGUCCAUCCGCGAGGAACAACCGCAGCGAGGGUACCCUGGACGCCCGAAGACCACCAACAAGACACUCCAAAACAAUGGAGGAGUUAAAACUGCCAGACCACAUGGAUGGAAGCCAUUCCCACUCUCUGUCUGCUCCACAUGAGUCUUUUUCCUAUGGUCUAGGUUAUACCAGUCCUUUUUCUUCACAGCAGCGCCCUCAUAGACACUCUAUGUAUGUGAGCCGGGACAGAGUGAGGUCAAAGGGCUCAGAGGGUGGCUUAAGCAUAGGGCAAGGGAUGGCAGCCAGAGCAAACAGCCUGCAACUGUUAUCUCCACAGGUGCAGCAUAAGUCACUCACAAGGUCUGUUGGCUCAUCACGAGAAGACUGUACGGAAGAUUCUAAUAGGGGUGGAGCAUAUCAUGAUCCACACACAGAAGAUGGAGCAUCUACUAAGGAGAAUAGAAUUCUGUAUAAUGACCCUGUUCCGAGAAGAGUUGGCAGCUUUUACAGAGUUCCAUCUCCGCGUCCAGAGAGCACCUACAUAGAAAACAAUGUGUCAAACAGAGCCUCGGUGUUACCAGCAGACAGCACCACGGUGACAAACCACCCCAAGAGACAAACCACCUUUGAUACCUGGAAAAGUCCUGAAAACCUUAACAGUCACUCAGAACAGCUCAAGGAGAAAGAAAAGCAAGGUUUUUUCAGGGCAAUAAAAAAGAAAAAGAAGAAAUCUCAAAAUAUGCCUAACACUGAAGGUCAGGAUCUCUUGGCAUUACAGAAAGCCAUUCAUUCUUCCAAUCACCAGAGCAGCAGGCAGAAGGAUUGGCAUCCUGAGAAGAUGACAGAAAUCCAGCCUCAUAGCCAGCCGUUAAAAUCUCUUCGGAAGCUCUUGCACCUCUCUUCAAACCAUCCCGUCGCCGCCGAGCCCCGCUUCCAGCCCUUACCCAGCCAGCCCGCCAAAGCUCCUUUCCCCGAGGUGCGCAUCCACGCCAUGAGCCAGAGCUCCGGCGGCGGCGGCGGCAGCGCCGUGCGGCCGGAGGCGCAGCCCAAGAGCCGGCCAGCGCUGCAGAUCCCCAGCCAGCUGGAGCCCGCCUGGCACGUGUCCCCCGUCAGCAGGAGCGUGGGCGAGGGGCCCCCCUACUCGGAGCAGCUGCCUGCCAAGAGCGGACAGAACGGGCACUCCUACGGCCGGGCCAACCGGGCGCGGAUGCCCAACCUGAACGAUCUCAAGGAGACAGCCUUGUAACGGCGCUCCAGCGACGCACGGCGCGGGUGGAGAUCAGCCUGGGCGGCCGUGGUGCUUCUGGUGGCGGUAACACUGCACUUCCAGCUUUAUAAAGGUGUGCAAUAUGUACAGGUGGAGCUAUGCUGUUCGGCACCACGAGAGAGUCAGGGAUUAUACAGGAACACGAGUGGAACUAUGAAUUACCAGUGAUCGGAAAUGGCACUGGAUGCCUGGCAGAGUGUGCCCGUCAGGGAGAAAAAUGCAUUGUCGUUUUCUCUCAUUUACAUUCCAGCUUAGUGCACAUCUCUGUCUGAAAGCUGGGUGACUUCUGGUAUGUAUUGGCACUUAUAAGGGUGAAAACAUUGUCUAGACCUGUGCCCUUACUACAUUUUUUGCUGCCUAGUUAAAACAGUGGGGUUUAUGUGAUAAAAGUGUAUCCCUGUUAAGGGUUUAAAGUUAAAUUGUAUGUCUUAAAUUUGUUUUUUAAACUUCCAUAUUUGAUAGGAUUUGUAAUAUUUAUUUAUGAUGACCUAAUAUCGUACUGUUAUAAUCAUAUCUUUUAUGUUAUAAUGUAAAGUUAUUUUGAGCUGUUUGAAACAUUGUGAAGCAGUGCAACAGCUACAGUAGUUUCUAUAAAAAACUAACAGUAACAUUUAUAUAUUGC